CGACGCGGUUUACAUCACCUGGGUGUAACAGGUGCCUUCCGGUGAUUUAAAAAAAAAAAAUUUAGGCUGUCGACGCCCACGCACUCCUACGUUUCUUAUCUUCUCUCAGCCGUGUGGGCGGAGCCUGAGUUUUUGCUGGAAAAGUCCUCGUCCGGGUGGAGUGGAGCCAGAGCAGCGACGGCCACAUCGCAGGAGGAUACACACACCUGUUGAAUAGCAGCGGUUUAAACUAGUUACAUUUUUAUUUAUUAUUCGGAGCUUUCUUCUCGGAGACGCUUAGACCGUUUCCCCUUCAAAAUGACGGACACCCUGUUUCCUAACGGCAUUAAAGACGGCGGAGGAGAGGGUAACUAUUUUAAAAAGGGUUGCAACCCGUUUGCACAGACUGGCCGAAGCAAACUGCAGAAUAAGCGAGCCAGUUUGAACCAGCAGAUCAUCAAGCAGAUGAGGUUGAGGGCCGGAGCUGAGAAUUUGCUGAAGGCUACAUCCAACAACAAAGUGAAAGAGAUGGUGCUUUUGGAGUUGAGCUACGUAAACUCCAACCUGCAGCUGCUGAUGGGACAGCUGGAAGGACUCAACAGCUCAGUGGAGGUCUACCAGAGCGCACAGGAAACAACCAACAUUCCCUUGAUUGCUCUGGGUCUAAAGGAGACAAAGGAAGUGGACUUCUCUGCCCCGUUCAAGGACUUUAUCUUGGAGCACUACAGUGAAGAUGGAACCAGUUUUGAAGAUGAGAUUGCGGAUUUGAUGGACCUGCGACAGGCAUGCAGAACUCCGAGCAGAAACGAUUCUGGGGUUGAACUCCUGGCUAAAUACUUCAGCCAUCUCCCUCUGAUUGAGAGCCGAUUCUUCUCACCAACUCGCCAGACUGGCAUCUUUUUUACGUGGUAUGAUUCCUUCACAGGAGUUCCAGUAUGCCAGCAGAAUCUGUCUCUGGAGAAGGCCAGCGUCCUCUUCAACAUGGCUGCCCUGUUCACCCAGAUUGGCACUCGCAGUGACCGACAGACGAUAGUUGGCCUGGAAGAGGCCAUCUCUUCCUUUCAGAAAGCAGCAGGUAUCCUGAACUACCUUAAAGAGACUUUUACCCACACCCCAAGCUACGACAUGGGUCCAGCUAUGCUCAGCAUGCUGAUUCGGCUGAUGCUUGCUCAAGCACAAGAGUGCCUGUUUGAGAAGACUGCGCUGCCUGGUAUCCGAAACCAGUUCUACUCUCUAAUGAAAAUGGCCCAGGAGGCUGCAAAGGUCUCAGAAAUUUAUGACCAGGUCCAUCAGUCCAUGAUCCAGACGCCAAUCAAAGACAAUGUGCCGUUAUUCUGGUCCACGAUGUCACAAGUCAAAACCAACCACUAUCGCUCCAUGGCACAUUACUUUGUGGCCUCAGCGCUGCUGGACCAUGAAUUGGGUCCCAGUGAUGAUGAGGACCAGCAGGAGAAGACAUUAUCCCAGGUGUAUGACCAGCUCCCUGAGGGAUGCUCUCCUCUGGACAUCCUGAAGAAGGAUGAUGAACGUCAGCGCAUUGGUAAAGCUCACAUUCGCAGGGCCAUCCUUGGUCACGAGGAGGCUCUGAGGAUUUAUGGUCUGUGCCACCAUUUAAAGAAGCUCGAGGUCCUGCAGGACAUUUUAAAAGCCAGCCACCAGCGCUCGCUCAACAAGUACAGCGAGGUUGAGAACGAGGAGGAGUUCACGGACUACCUUGAAGCUCCAGACAUCAUGCCUAAAACAGAGUACAAAGCAGAGAUGGAAGUCCCCAACACCACAAAGGUGAAAGUCAUCGACUUUUUCCAGAGGCUGGGCCCUCUGUCGUUCUUCUCAGCGAAGCAGAGGUGGACAGCCCCGCGGACAGUAAGGCUUUGCCCAGAGGACAGAGACCUGGGAUUUACCCUGAAAGGAGAACAGCCGGUCCAGGUGGUUUCAUUGGAUCCCAUGUGUCCAGCUGCAGUUGACGGUCUGAAAGAGGGGGACUGCAUUGUGGCUGUGGGUGACACUGACUGCAAAUGGAUGGGUGUAAGCGAAGUGAUGCGACUUCUGAAGGAUGUGGACGAAGAGGGGAUCGACAUCCGGGUGAUCAGCAUAAUGGAUAGCAACCCUGCCAUGCCAACCAAGAGUGCCACCUUCUGCGGGAACCUGCCUAAGACCUACUCCAUGAUUUGCCUGGCCUACGACGAUGACGAAAAGCAUUCCAAGUCCCGCAAAGUGACCAAGAAGUCGUCAUUCCUCAGCUGGGGUCUGAAGAACAAGACGAGGAGUGCGAGCACCCUCAGCCUUCCCACGGCAGACCAGUCUGGCUCUUUUUCAUGGAACAAACCCUGUCCCACCUUCCCCAGCACCAGCGCGUACAACAACGACGGCGCUCUCUACUGAGCUAACCGCAAACGGUGUGCAGUGUUCAUACAAAGCCUAGUAUGACCACGCCCAAUACUUUUCUGACACCGUGCUGGACAUGCUAUCAGUGCCCCUUGGUGUUUCCACUGGAAUACUUAGCAGUAAUGUAUGUAGCUUGUAGUCAGCAGCAUAACAGCGACAUAAUUGCCAGAUGCUACGAAAGGUGUCUGUGCCAAAUACUGUACACGGGUGCCUGUAUUGUUACUUACAACACUUUUUUCCCCCUGCACAUUCCUAAUUUUGAGGCGAAAGGACUAACGUCAAACAUUAUGGAGCGCAAUCUUUGUAAUGCCAUAUGUGCACAGCGCAGUUCAACUGCAGGGUGGGAAAACACACCAGUUCAUUCCACUCUCUGUCUAUUUAUACUCUCACACACAGCACCGAGACAGCGUUCUGGCUCACACUAUCAUCUCAGUAUUUAUUUCUAGAGGGAAAAAAAAAGGCUCCAGAUGAAUUGAAAGGGGAAAACAAAGUUGAACACGCCCUGUGCUGGUUUCGAUUGGAGUGCAAAGAACUAGUUAUAUUCCGGUGCACACAGUCUUCGUUGUGUUUUGAAGUAGCAGGGCACUACAGCUUGUAAUCUGUGUACCUGCUCAGUACAUGUACAUAGCACACUGUAUGUUAAGGAUACUGUCCACACAAUUUUCGUCACUGGGGAUUAAAGGUGUGUAAACUUUUAAAGAGGAUAUUUACAUUCAAUA